CCUAGAAACGAAUGAAUGUGGAUAAGUCAAGUGAUAUGAGAGCAACAGAGUAGCUAGCUAGGGUUUCUGUGAAACUAACGAGAUACAUGUUUCUUUUAUAACAUUUAACGCCGAGCUGCUGUACGACAUGCGGUAACACAGCUUCGUGUGUGUGUCCUCCAGUUGCAGCAGCAAUGUUGCCCUCGGCCAGCACUGUGCUGCGGUCUACAGUCAAACUGCUGCCGCGGCCUCUGUGGAACAGAGGUUGUUUUUGGUGCUCGUACAGAAGCAUUUCGUUGAAACCAGGAGGUUUGAAACCAAAGACAGUUCCACAUCGGUACCUGGGCCAGCCCAGCCCUUUCACACAUCCACACCUCAUUAAACAUGGUGACGUGACCCCGGGCUUGAGUCAGACGGAGUACGAGCUCCGUAGACACCGGCUGGCCUCUCUUAUUGAGGCGCAGGCAGACAGAUUGGGACCGUCUGCAUCCUCUAGCACCCAUGUCGUCAUUGUUUUGUCCCAUCCCACCCGCUACAUGAGCAAUGACAUCCCUUAUCACUUCCACCAGAACCAGGAUUUCCUCUAUCUCACUGGCUUCCUCGAGCCAGACAGUGCCUUGGUUCUUCAUGGGAAAGGGCGACCGGAUCAGGCCAUCUUGUUUGUGCCCCGCAGAGACCCAGGGCGAGAGCUGUGGGACGGGCCUCGGUCAGGGAAGGAUGGGGCUGCCGCUUUGACCGGCAUAGAGAGAGUUCAUAGCACUGAAGAACUGGGUUUGGUGCUCCGCUCCCUUAAAGGCACUCUGCUGUGGUACGAUAACUCUCAGCCUGUUCACCCCCGACUCCACCAGGCUCAUGUAAAUCCUCUGCUGGAGGUGGGGCCCAUGCCGCGCACUCUCAGGCCCCUGAUCCACUCUCUCCGGGCCCUCAAGAGCUCAGCAGAGGUGGUGCUCAUGCAGGAAGCAGGUCGCAUAACAGCACAGGCUUUUAGGAGGACGAUGGCGCUGUCUCAAGGAGACGUGGAUGAAGCUGUCCUCUUUGCAAAGUUUGACUUUGAGAAUCGGCUGCAUGGUGCAAACUUCCUGGCUUAUCCUCCUGUGGUUGCUGGAGGUAAUCGGGCCAACACUCUUCACUAUAUAAACAACAACCAGGUCAUAAAGGAUGGUGAACUGGUGCUGCUCGAUGGUGGUUGUGAAUACUUUGGUUACGUCAGUGAUAUCACUCGAACAUGGCCAGUAAAUGGAAAAUUCAGCCCCACCCAGGCGGAGCUUUAUGAAGCUGUCCUGGAAGUGCAGCGCUCCUGUAUUUCUCUGUGUUCCCCUGGUGUCAGUCUAGAUCAUAUCUACAGCACCAUGCUGGCUCUGCUGGGACAACAGCUCAGGAGGCUUGGGAUCAUCAAGACCAGUGCAAGUGAUUCUGAUGUACUGCAGGCUGCUCGACGGUACUGCCCCCACCAUGUUGGACAUUACCUAGGCAUGGAUGUCCACGACACUCCUGAGCUGUCCCGCUCACAGCCUCUACAGCCAGGAAUGGCCAUCACUAUAGAACCAGGGUUGUACAUCUGUAAGGACAAUGACCAGGCUCCUGAUCGUUUCCGUGGCUUGGGCAUCAGGAUCGAGGAUGAUGUGAUGAUCCGAGACCAGGGGGGCCCUCUGAUAUUGUCUUCUGACACACCAAAAACCAUUGCUGAUGUAGAAAAGGCUUGUGCGCAGAGAUGAGGCAGUGAGAAACCAAGUGACCAAGUCAGCCACAGAGUCGAUGGGAGAUGGCGUGCUGUGCUUUUUGACCUUCUCCAUGGUGUUGCCAUCACUAGGCUCAGGGCUUAGCUACGUGAAAGGUGCGAGUGCUCUGCAAGACUCCAGUUUUGGUCUCAUUUCAACAUCUGUAGAUUUUGCAGUCUGGAGAAAGUCUUUAAACGUGAAAAAAUUCUGUACAACACAGUGCUGAUUUAACGGAAUCUUUGAAUUUCAUCAUGUACACUACACUGUAGCUGAUGUAAUCCUCCUUAAAAAACUACUCAUCAAUGUCUCAUGUGACGUGUGAUCAGGCUCUACAUAUACACCACGUUUAUCUAAUAAUGUGAUGGUGCUCUCAGCAUUUUCAUUCUUAAAAACUACAGUAUGUGCUCCACAUUAUGUUUUCCAGAAUUGUCACAAUCCUGUCAAGUACAAGUCAAGUUUAUUUGUUUUUAAAUCCUUUAAGUUCUUAAGCCAGUUCACACACUUCACAAUUAGUCUGUUAACGCUCAAACAUGUGGCAGUUCAUGCUGCAGCAAAAAGGAUUUAAACACCAGAUGCAAUGAACAUGCAUUCACUGUGCUGUAGUAUUAUUGUCAGGAUAAUAAGGUCCAGAGGAUGUUACAUCUUUAAGCACACACACAAUAGAUUAUAAGAAACCUGUCAACAACAGCCGCCUCUAAUACACCAAUGCACUAGAAUAUGAAAUAAAUGAUUCUAUACAUAUGUGGGGAGGGGUUUUGUUCUUAGCAGAGAAAAAUGUUAUCUCUUGGACAUUGGUGUUUAUACUGUAUGUAUUAAAAAAAACUAUAUUUCUUUCAUAACUAA